AUGGCGAGGCAGAAAUCGCCACUGUGGAAGCACGUUACAACGGCGAAGGGACCAGACGGCACUUUAACGGCGAAAUGCGUACACUGCUCCAACUCCGUGACUGCUAAUGCAACACGCAUAGGAGAGCACAUCUAUGGGACGCCUUCUGACCAUGAUAAGAAUGUGAAGCCGUGCGGCCACGAAGUCGCCAUCAAACUUCGCGAGGAAGCAGCAGCAGCUAGUGAGCGUUCUGGAAGCGCCACUCCGUCAAUCCAUGGCUCCACUUCGACCCUCGACAUCCAGCCCGCUCGUCGCACUCGGCAGCGGGACAUCCGCCACAUGGUGGAUGACUCUGCACGCGCUCGACUGGACUACCUAUGGGCCGCUGCAGUGGCUGAUAACGAUUGGGCGUUCCACACGUCCAAGUCGCCAGCCGUGCAGAACUUCGUGGAUGCGGCUGUUGCCUACGGGAAACAAUACAACCUCCCGUCCCCCUUCAGGGUUUCUGGUGUGCUGCUUCAAAAACUGGUAGCGGAUACCGAGGACAUUGUACGGCCCCUGAAGGAGAGUUGGAACACUACCGGCUGCACCAUCUCCGUGGACGGCUGGACCUGCAUGAAGAGCCGUGGGCUCGUGUGUGUCAUAGCCCACAAUGACACGGCACCUGUCAUCGUGAAGACCGUGGACUCCAAGACCGCGAAGAAGACGGGGGAGUACUUGGCCGGCCUCAUCCGGACCUUGAUCGCCGAGGUUGGAGACAAGAAGGUGGUCCAAGUCGUCAUGGACAAUGCGUCCAACAACCGCAGGGCGGCCGACAUUCUUCGUGACGGGUUUCCCGCCAUUUUCUUCAACAACUGUGCGGCGCACGUCCUCGACUUGAUGCUUCACGACAUCGGCAACGUCUGUGCUGUGAAGCGGGUGCUAAACCAGGUGCACAGGGUGGUUAUGAUGGUCAAGGGCAGCGCGUCCGCCGUCACGCUCUUCCACGAUUUGUUUAGCACACUGUCCUUGGUGCGUCCCGGUGCAACACGCUUCGGCACGCAGGUUAUUAUGAUUACCCGCUUCCUGGAGGUAAAGAGAGCGCUCAAGGAGAUGGUGAUAAGUGAGGAGUGGGAGGCGGUGGCGGUGGCACGGUCUGAAGAGGGGCAAGCUGUCCGCAAGCUCCUCUUGGAUGAGGUCUUUUGGGACUGCGCGACAGCGGUCCUCCGCCUCAUGACUCCCGUGUACGAAGUGCUGCGGGUGGUUGACACGCGUGCUCUAGUCAUGGGCCAGAUUUAUGGCCUCAUGCUAGAUGCCACGGUGAAGACAAACGAGGCGGCAGAGGCGGCAGCCAAAAUGAUGCUGAAACGCACAGCUCUCUUGCCGGCCAAGGACAAGCCGGCCUUUCUGAAUGCCAUCAAGGCUAUCAUAGCCAGGAGGUGGGACGCCCAGCUCCACAAUCCACUCCAUGCUAUGGGGUGGCUUCUCAACCCCCGCAAUCAGUACCUAGGGGAGGUGAAGAACGAUGCCGAGGUAAGGCGCGGGGCGGAAGCGGUGAUCCAGGCCCGUGGGGGGGAUGUGGCUCAACGCACGCUGCUGUUGGCGCAGCUGACGCAGUUUCAUCAGGGCAAGGGGCUGAUCGGGUCCGAUGACGCCCGUUGGGCAGCAACGGAGUUGGUGGCGAGUGGGCGCUUGACGGAGGCGGAGUGGUGGCUGAUGUACGGCGGGGAAGUGCAAGCGCUCAUGGGGAUGGCUGUGACGCUGCUGUCACAGCCAGUCACGUCAUCUGAGGUGGAGCGCUAUUGGUCCGCCAUUGCACGUGUGCAGAGGCGGGACCGUAACCGCAUCAGCGCCAAAAAGAUGAUGGACGUGACAGAGGUGGCGUUCGCCAGGAGGGCCAGGGAUGCAUUCGAUAGGAAAUCACGGGAGAGGGCGAAGCUCUAUGCCGAUCUGGCCAACGGCACUCUCAAGCAAGGGAGUACCGUUGAACCGGCAGCAGCAGAGGUCGAGGAAGUGGGAGACGACGAGGAGGAGGGAGAGGGGAAUGAGCAGCUAUGCACCAUUGAUUGGGACCUUUUCGGGAACAUUGGGAAGCGGAAGAAGAAGGUGCCUAAGUCCGCUAAAAGGAAGAGAAACGGGAAGGCCAAGCAGCCUACCAAGGGAACGAGGAAGGCAACAACUGUGGGAGAGGAAGAGGGUGAGGAGGAGGAGGCGGCGAAUAGCAGUGGAGGGGAGGAGGAGGACGUGCCCACUAAGGCUCGAACUGGCCAUGAUCCUUGGGACAUCAGUGACGGGUCUAGUGGGGAGGAAGAGGAGGAGGCGGAUGACGAUGAGGAGGAGGAGGAGGAGCAGGAUGAGUAG